GUACCCCCCCAGGUCCUGGAUACCCUGAGUGACAGCAACAGCUCCACCACCGCCAAUGACCUGGACCUCAUCUUCCUCAAGGGCAUCAUAGACAGCCCCGUGGUGAGUCAGAGAGACCUAGUACACACGCACUCAAACAUGGCAGGAUGUAUUCACACGCCUACAGAGAGCCUCGUGGUGAGUCAGAGAAAGGGGAAAUAUGUAGGCCUAGUAUGUAGGGUCACACACACUCAUACACACACACACACACACACACACACACACACACACACACACACACACACACACACACACACACACACACACACACACACACACACACACACAACCCAGAGAGAGUGAUUGAAUAAGGCCCACAGUCCUAAAACCAAGAAAUUCCAGCGCCAAAAAGACACUGCACGUUCCCAGAAGCUAUAACUCAUUCAAGCCUUCACAAACUCACAACCCUGUAUGGCAACAGAGACAAUGUCAUGUGAACUGACACCUUCCCUCUGAACAUGCGUUCUAUAAAAGGUGAGAGGCAUCACAGCAUGUAAUUGCAACUGAAAUCCCCCUUCAGCUGGCAUGCAUUUAAAAAAAGGUGAGAUGCAUCAACCUUUGCAAAUCCGUUACAGGAUUUACUACCAAAUGAAAAUAGCUGUGAGAGCUGUAAGUCAUUACAACACUCUUCAUGGCUGAGGGGAAAUGGAAACCACGGCUGUGACCAAAGGAGACAGAAAUGGGAAUCAUGAAAUUGCUUAGGAAAUACAUUUGGUGUUUAGCCUUUUGUUUAAUUAAUGGGUUGGGCACCUUUUAAUUGAAGUCUUGCUCAGUGAUAAAUGGGGAAGUGUCUGUGUACUGUUGCUGGAAAUACAGGGGAUUGGUUUGGAACAAAGGCUACCAAGACACAAAUCUUUAAAAAAAAGCCCAACAGGUCUUUUAUCAUUUUGUUAUUCAUUUAUUCGUGAUUAGUUAGGGCAAGUAAAUGUCAUUAUUUAAAUGAGGUAAUCUCUUGUCCCAAGGAGGACUGAUGAAGAGGGUAAUAUGAUCUCAAACUAGUCGACAUCUGAGGAUGUGGAACUGUCAUGCCCAAGCACUAAUGACUCCUGCUGGAUUGCUUUGAUGUCAGAUGAUGAGAGGAGUUUCUCUCUCUCUCACACACACACACACACACACACACACACACUCUCUCUCUCACACACACACAUGGCUCUUCCCUACAGGGGAAAUGAGAAGUGACAGCCCAGACUAAAAUUAGCACUUCUAAGGGAGGCCUGGCAUAUUGAUUUGCCUUGAACCACAGUUUGUCAAUGAACCAGAUAUAUGAUGUAAUUGCACUACUAGUCCACCAGGUGGGAUGAUUCCCAAAGAGUUUCAAUGACAGUUUUGGUCUGUCAGUGAGGCCCAUAUACUCUGUGUAGGUGGGUCACUUUGCCCUUAAGUGUUGAUCCCAGUACAGAUUUGCUUAAUGCCUCUUCAUAGUAAGUUUACAUUUAAGGAAAGAUAGGUGGAUCCUAAAUCUGCUCUUAUGACAACCACUGGGCUGGAAGCCUAAACUCCUGGCUGGUGCCAGAUGCCACUCAGUUCCAGAACCCAGGGUUAAUGUCCACUAAUUCUCUCAAGAAUUACUAUCAAGCAUCUGCUUUUACAUUAAAGACAUAAUCAGCUGACUUUCAACUCAUUUCCCUCUGUGAAUGAACUUCAAACAGAAAGUCAGCCAGCCAUGCAUUCUUUAUAAGGAACAUUUGGGCGGAUCUUGGAGACUCUGUGAAAUAUUAAUGGCUUCCACUCUAUUUUGAUGAAAAAUACUUAUUUAAUCAGAUGAAAGUCACAGAGAACUAAAAAAGAAUGAUUUUGAAAGAUUUUUAUGUAUAUUUUAAGGUGCAACGUAUGUGUACUUACUAUUUUUAGAGUACGCAAAACCAUUCUCAAACAUAUUUGUUUUCAUCUUAAAGAGAUUCUCCAGUACUUUUCUAUAAUUUUUAGCCAGUAGUUCUGAACAAAAGUGGUCCUGAAAAUGGUGUGCAUUUUGCUAGCUGUCACUCAAAUGGCGAGGGGCUGAGGGCUCAUGGGCUAGAACUCAAAUUGCUAGGGGGCUGACCCAUGAGAGGGAAAAUGUAGGGAAAAUGGCGCAGCACAGCUUCCAGAAAAACAGUCGCUUUCAAACUAGGGAUUUUGUGGCUUAUUGAGGUAAAACAGUAAUUCUGCUCAUAUUUUAUUCAUGUAUGAACUACACAUUGACACAUCCAGCCCAAAGCGGGAGGUAAAAAAAUUAAAUAAUUCCUGAGCAUGUCUUUAAUAAGUAUACAUUUCUAUUUCAAAUAUGUAUUCACAUAAAAGUAUACGUGUGUGUGUGUUUCCUUAUGUCACGUAGGAGCCAGAGAGUCUGGAGGAGACCAGGUUGGAGGCGGUGAGGGACAACAAUGUAGAGUUGGUCGAGGAGAUCCUCCGAGAGCUGAGUCCCUUCACACACCAAAGCAACACCGCAGCAGAGCUCACACGAAUCCUCAACGAACCCCACUUCCAGGUACACACACAGACGCACACGUAGUGUGCACACGCAUACCCAUACACAUUAAACCACACACUCACGUGGACAUCAAUGGACACAUACACCUACAUAGACGUGCAGAGAAGAAAUAUCCUUCAUCACAUAAUCCACUAUUUAGUCUCAAGAAAGUAUUUCUUGUCGCCUUAGUCUGCUGUCAAUCUAAUGUUCUCCUUCUGCCGAGUGGUUCCCAGUCUCUGCUGGAGACCCAUGACUCGGUGGCGUCCCAGGUGUGUGACACCCCUCCCCCCAGCCCCUGUGCCUACAUGGAGCUCCCCGUCAGCAACCAGCCCGUGCCCCCAGAUGCCGUCCGGAUGGUUGGCAUCCGCAAAGUGGCUGGGGAACACCUUGUUAGUACCACCUUGCACUUUGCCUAUCACCAAUCUAUUAUCGAUAGCAUGGCACUCAGUUUUAGUCAACUCUUCCCUCCUUUGGCUGAAUCACAACCAGGCUAGUGGUUUUAACCAUAGUGUAUAAUUGUAACUGUAGUGUAUCAUCAUUCAUGUAUUUUUUUCAAGAGAGGGAAUUCCAAUUAUAUUGUCAUUUAAGAUAUUUUAUUGAACAUAUAGGAUAGUGUAGAAGAACAAUGAAGAGAGGAGAGAGUUUGUGCCAAAGUAGCAAGACCCCACACAUCCUCAUUUGGUUUCUAUGUUUUGAACCUGUUCAGGGCGUGACUUUCCGUGUGGAGGCGGGGGAGCUGGUGAUCGCCAGGAUCCUCCACGGCGGGAUGAUCGACCAGCAGGGUCUCCUCCACGCGGGUGACAUCAUCAAGGAGGUGAACGGGAAGGAGGUGGGCGAGGACCCGAGGGUGCUGCAGGAGAUUCUGCAGGAUGCCAGCGGCAGCGUGGUGCUCAAGAUCCUCCCCAGCUAUCAGGAGGGCCACGCGCCAGGACAGGUACGAGUUAAUAACAAAUGGAAACACUUUUUGGGGGGAUAAUCCAUCUGUAGAUGCUCAACAGACUAUGGACAGACUAUCAGUAACAUUUCAACUAACUAUCUACUAAACCUAACCUAAACCCUUAUCCUAACCCUAAACUUAACCCUUACCCUAACCUUAAGCCUUACCCUAAACCUUAUUCUAAACCUAACCCUAACCGUAACCUUAGCAAGCAGUUGCUUAUCAACAGAUAGUUUGUUGAUAGUAGAGAAUCUACAGAUGGACAAUCCGGACGAUCCAAAUAAAGUGUGACCUAACAAACUACCAGUGGACAGGUAAGGGUUAACAUACACAACACGUACUUUAACAACAUGCUACCAGCCCAACAGACAGGUAAACGUUAAAAACAAACAAGAGCCCCAUGCUUCAAGACAGACAAGCUAUAAGACCCACAGACAGGUCCCCACUAUUGUACCCAAAUACAUGUACAUUUACAUUUUAGUAAUUUAGCAGACGCUCUUAUUCAGAGUGACUUACAUUAGUGAGUUCAUACAUUCUUUUUUUAUUUUUCAUACUGGCCCCCCGUGGGAAUACUAAUCCAGUACCCCGCGGUAGGUAAAAGCAUUAAUCUGCCCCUGCCAAUGAACUUCAAUCUACUAGACAGUUUGUACAUCAUUUACUGGCUCUAAGAAUAUACUUUGAGGGGUGGAUUAUGACGGUGUCACACUGUCUGCUAGUGCUCACCCCCUCUUCCCCGGCUGGUUGUCAUGGAUACCACCAGGCAGAGGGAGCUGAGUUAUCCCUUACGUCUUUUGGGGGGAUUUCUUCCCUUGUAUCUUCACUCGUUCCGUGGCUGGUGGGACUGUGGAAAAGCCGAGAUGGGAAGAUAGUCUGAGAGUAAAAACAAGUCGUCAGCAGAAGGGUGUUAUGGCUGCUGAGGAAGUGUUGAUGUUUACAGUAAUGUAGGUUCAACUGAGGAUUGUAGAAAGUGGUUUGUUUUCAUGCAUUCUGGUUGAUAAUGGCUUGCAGUGAUCAACUGGAAUAGUGUAUACAGCUGUAUACUCUGAAUGCACAUACUGCAUGCUCUAGAGCAAAACUUCCACUUCGAUAAACAAAUGUAAACUUUGCAUUUAGAAGUGUGCACGACUCGAGCUUCUGCUUUUGAAUUUGGUACGAAAUGUUCAAUUCUAUCCAACAAUAACAGACUCGUAACCAUCUGUAUGUAUCUUCUUCCUGUUCCCCACAGGUGUUUGUGAAGUGUCACUAUGAUUAUGACCCAGCCAAUGACAACCUGAUCCCUUGUAAAGAGGCGGGGCUUAAGUUCUACACCGGUGACAUCCUGCAGAUCGUUAAUCAGGAUGACCUCAACUGGUGGCAGGUGGGUCCAUAUGGAUUAUUUUGCCAUGUACUGUACUGUAUGUAAAAAACCUGAAAAACAUGCGCACAUCCAGGUACUUUCAGCAGGUGCUGGAGUUGUAGGUAAAUUAAUGAAAAACAGAAAGGAAAACGCCGCACACUGCUGCUCAUGCUCCCAGGUGAUAUUUAUUUAUAACAACGUUUCGACCCUUAGGUCUUCAUCAGGCAUCCAUAUCCCAGGUGGGGGUGGAAGGUCAUAUAUAUAGGGGCAGUACUCAGUGACAUCACUUCCUGAAACAGGAAGUAAAAAUUGUAUGACAGGUUAACAAUAUUAACAUUCAAUGUAUCAAAAUAUAUGAUCAUAUACAAGGAAUGUGAUCAAUAUUUAUAGUAAUAUACAUAAAAUAUUCAUACAAUGUUCAAUUAGGAAAAAAACAAAAACACAAUUUGGACAUUGAAACUAUAAAAUGGUUUCAAGUCAAACUCCUCGUUAAGGCCAAGAGGAGACAGUGUGUUGAGCCUGUGGAUCCAGAAAGAUUCCCUUUGAAGAAGUUUCCUCUCAAUGUCCCCUUCCCUGCGUGACAUCUUGACCAUUUCUAUUCCAAUGUAUCUCAGAGAACUAAUAGGAUGUUCAUCUUGUACAAAAUGAACAGUAACCAGAUUUUUUGUCUCACCUGUCCGUAUAUUGCUGCGGUGCUCACAGAUCCAUAUCUUAAGGCUUCUGCGGGUUUUCCCUAUGUAAGACAGACCACAAGGACAAUUCAACAUGUAAACAACAUUGGUGGACAUGCAGGUAAUCUUAAAUCUUUGUCCUGUGCAGGGGUGGGUAAAUGAGUUGCAUUUGUACGUGAAGCUGCAUUGAGCACAUUGGCCACAUUUGUAAUUACCCUCCGGAACCUUGUCCAAGAAAGUUUCCCUUUUCUCUGGUGGGUAAUCAGAUUUAACCACAAUGUCUCUCACGUUUGGGGGUCUUUUAAAGACCAUACGUGGGGGAUAUUUAAAAAUGGGUUUCAAUUGUGGGUCAGUGUCAAUAAUGUACCAGUGCUUCCUGAUAAUUUCCUUAAAUGCCUUCCCCAAUGUUGAGUAUUGGGUAAAGCAUGAGGGGACAUGCUUUUUCUUUAACUUUUGGUUGAAGGCUUUCCAGCUGUGUUAGCCCUUCAAAACGAUCAUUGGCAUGUUUUACCCAAUUGUCUUUGUACCCCCUUUCCUUAAACCUCUGUGUGAGGUCCGUGGCAUCAGAGCUGCAUAUUCUUCUGAUGCGACUGAAUUGACUUAUAGGGACACUUUUAAUAAGUGGACGUGGAUGAAAGGUGUCACCUCUAAGGAGGGUAUUCCUGUCCGUAGGUUUCCUACAGAGAUCUGUAGAGAAGGAGGUUUUGUCCUUAAUAACAUCAAGAAAACUGAUUUGUGAUAGGUCAUAGUUAAUGUUGAAAUGAAGGUGUUCAUUCAUAGAGUUUAGAUAAGCAUGCAAUUCCAAAAGUUCUUCCUGGGUCCCUGUAUAGAUCACGAAAAUGUCAUCCAAAUAUCUCAGAAUUAGGAGAAUAUUGGAGAGAAAGGGGUUAAGGUCUGGAUUCAGCACCACCUGUUUUUCAAACAUUCCUAGAUAUAGGUUAGCAUAAUUAGGAGACAUAGUGCUCCCCAUCGCUGUCCCUUUGGUCUGGAGGAAAAAGUCUCCUCUGAAGAGAAAAUAGUUGGAGGUUAAUACCAGUUCAGCCAGGUCCACAAUACAAUUGGUGCUGGGAAGAGCAUUAGGGGGAAGUUCAUUGAGGUUGAACUUGAGGGCCUCUAGGCCACCCUGAUGGGGGAUGUUAGUAUAUAGACUGGUAACAUCAAAAGUACACAGAAUAGAAUUACGUCAUUUAGCAGACGCUCUUAUCCAGAGCGACUUACAGUUAGUGCAUACAUUAUUCUUUUUUAUUGUGGGUUCAAUUCCCCCAACCCACAACCCUGGCGUUGCAAACGCCAUGCUCUACCAACUGAGCUACCUCCCUGCCAGCCAUUCCCUCCCCUACCCUGGACGACGCUGGGCCAAUUGUGCGCCGCCCCAUUGGUCUCCCGGUUGCGGCCGGCUACAGCAGAGCCUGGAUUUGAACCAGGAUCUCUAGUGGCACAGCUAGCACUGCGAUGCAGUGCCUAAGACCACUGCGCCACUCAUAUAUGGUCCACAGAUUUAAAAAAAUUAAUAAAAUCAAUAGAGUCUCAGGUAUACGUGGGGAGGGAGAUCGCCCAGGGUUUCACAACAUAGUCUACAAAGGUACAGAUAUUCUCUGUCAGAGGUACGUUACUACUCAAAAUGUGCCUGCCUGGUAUAGGUGAUGUCAUGCUCUGCUGCAGAAGCCUUAAGAUACGGAUCUGUGAGCACCACAGCAAUAUACGGACAGGUGAGCCAAAAAAUCUGGUUGCCAUUUUGUACAAGCUGGACAUCUUAUUAGGUCUCUGAGAUACAUUGGAAUAGAAAUGGUCAAGAUGUCACGCAGGGAAGGGGACAUUGAAAGGAAACUUCUUCAAAGGGAAUCUUUCUGGAUCCACAGGCUCAACACACUGUCUCCUCUUGGCCUUAACGAGGAGUUUGACUUGAAAACGUUUUUAUAGUUUCAAUAUGUCCAAAUUGUGUUUUUUUUUAUCCUAAUUGAACAUUGUAAGAAUAUAGUAUGUAAAUAUUGAUCACAUUCCUUGUAUAUGAACAUAUAUUUUGAUACAUUGAAUGUUAAUAUUGUGAACCUAUUUUUUACCUCCUGUUUCAGGUAGUGAUGUCACUGAGUACUGCCCCUAUAUAUAGGAUAUUCCACCCCCACCUGGGAUAUGGAUGCCUGAUGAAGACCUAAGGGUCGAAACAUUGUCAUAAAUAAAUAUCACCUGGGAGCAUGAGCAGCAGUGUGCAGCGUUUUCCUUUCUGUUUUUCUGUAUUGUAUGUAACACACAUUGUUUAGUGUAUUGCUUCUGUUGUCAAUACUAUCACCUCUAAAUGUGGCUACUUGUGCCUAUCGGUAUACAGUGUGUGUACUGGUGGGUCUAAGUAUUGAUGAGAGUAUCAUCCUGUGGGUCUGUCAGGCUCGUCGUUGUGUGGAGGGAGGCAGUGCUGGGCUGAUCCCAAGUCAGCUGCUGGAGGAGAAAAGAAAAGCCUUUGUCAAGAGAGACGUGGAGCUGGCCCCCACAGGUAGGACCAGUGCAUAGGGCUGUGGCAGACAUGACAUUUUGUCAGACGGUUAUUGUCAUGCAAAAGACUGCCAGUCUCACAGUAAUUGACCGUUAAUGAACAUAAUCACGUUUAGCAUCUCCAUGCCUCCACGCAUACAAGCCUCUGAUGCGCGUCUUUGGAACAUCUACAUUUAAAAAAGUUGAAUAUAUCAAUUUAAUAUACACCAUCACAAUGAAUCCAUUAUUUAGAUUAGUCAGGUCUAAAGAAACAUUAUCAUAUGAAAAUGUAUUUCAGAAGAAGAGAAUAGGAGUUGGCCUACUGUAGGCAUAUGUUAUCUGGCUAUGCUCCAUGCCAUAUGCUGUAGGCUGGUUCAUUUAGCUGACAAGAUAUGCUUAUACACCCCGUGCUAUUACAUUAUUUUAUCUGAUUUUAUAGUAAGAAUAUAUUUUUCCCAUUACAGAGCGUAUGAAGUGGCUAUGUUGAGCGUAAAAGUGAUAAUUUGAAACAGGUCCUACGGUGCCUUCGGAAAAUAUUCAGACCCCUUGACUUUUUCCUAAUUUUGUUAGGUUACAGCCUUAUUCUAAAAUUGAUUAAACACAUUUUUUCUCAUCAAUCUACACACAAUACCCCAUAAUGACAAAGCAAAAACUGUUUGUUAUAAAAUAUAAAAAUAAAAAAUGCAAAUAUUGCAUUUACAUAAGUAUUCAGACCCUUUACUCAGUACUUUGUUGAUGCACCUUUGGCAGAGAUUACAGCCUCAAGCCUUCUUGGGUAUGACGCUACAAGCUGGGCACACCUGUAUUUGGGGAGUUUCUCCCAUUAAUCUCUGCAGAUCAUCUCAAGCUCUGUCAGGUUGGAUAGGGAGGAUUGCUGCACAGCUAUUUUCAGGUCUCUCCAGAGAUGUUUGAUCGGGUUCAACUCCGGGCUCUGGCUGGGCCACUCAAGGACAGUCAGAACAGAAACUUGUCCCGAAGCCACUCCUGUGUUGUCUUGGCUGUGUGCUUAGGGUCGUUGUCCUGUUGGAAGGUGAACCUUCGCACAGUCUGAGGUCCUGAGUGCUCUGGAGCAGGUUUUCAUCAAGGAUCUCUCUGUACUUUGCUCCGUUCAUCUUUCCCUUGAUCCUGACUAGUCUCCCAGUCCCUGCCGCUGAAAAACAUCCCCACAGCAUGAUGCUGCCACCACCAUGCUUCACCGUAGGGAUGGUGCCAGGUUGCCUCUAGACGUGACGCUUUGCAUUCAGGCCAAAUAGUUCAAUCUUCUAUUCAUCAGACCAGAAAAUCUUGUUUCUCAUGGUCUGAGAGUCUUUAGGUGCCUUUUAGCAAACUACAAGUGGGCUGUCAUGUGCCUUUUACUAAGGAUUGGCUUCCGUCUGGCCACUCCACCAUAAAAGCCUGAUUGGUGGAGUGCUGCAGAGAUGGUUGUCCUUCUCCCAUCUCCACAGAGUAACUCUAGAGCUCUGUCAGAGUGACCAUCGGGUUCUUGGUCACCUCCCUGACCAAGGCCCUUCUCCCCCAAUUGCUCAGUUUUGCUGGGCGGCCAGCUCUAGGAAGAGUCUUGCUGGUUCCAAACUUCUUCAAUUUAAGAAUGAUGGAGGCCACUGGGUUCUUGGGGACCUUGAAUGAUGUAAAAGUGUUUUGGUAACCUUCCCCAGAUAUGUGCCUCGACACAAUCCUGUCUCAGAGCGCUACAGACAAUUCCUUCGACCUCAUGGCUUGGUUUUUGCUCUGACAAGCGCUGCCAACUGUGGGACCUUAUAUAGACAGUUGUGUGCCUUUCCAAAUCAUGUCCAAUCAAUUGAAUUUACCACAGGUGGACUCCAAUCAAGUUGUAGAAACAUCUCAAGGAUGAUCAAUGGAAACAGGAUGCCCCUGAGCUCAAUUCCUAGUCUCAUAGCAAAGGGUCUUAUGCAAAUAAGGUAUUUCUGUUUUUCAUUUUUAAUACAUUUUCUAAAAACCUGUUUUCGCUUUGUUAUUUUGGGGUAUUGUGUGUAGAUUGCUGAGGAAAUUGUUUUAUUUAAUCCAUUUUAGAAUAAGGCUGUAAAGUAAGAAAAUGUGGAAAAAGUCAAGGGGUCUGAAUACUUUCCGAAGGCACUGUAUAUGCUAGAUUUAGAGUUAUUUGGCAACUUUAGUUGUGAAUGAUACAAACCUUAGAAUGUCUUAGAAAUCAAAACAUAUAUGGGCUGCAUGAUGCGACCUAUAGGAUAUUGAUGAUUUGAGAAAAUAACAAAAGUAGCUUGUGCUCUGUUCCUUACCUUAGGCAGCACAGCUGUUGUCUCAUCAAAUGAUCAUAUUUUCACCCAUCAGACUAUUCUAAAUGUAAUAUUUUCUUUACUAAUAUGUAAAAUUAGUUUCGUUUUAGAAUGGGCAGGAGCAGGGGAAAACAUGCAUGUCAUCUGUAUGCACUCAAAUAGCGAAUGGAGGCCGUGCUUCCCGUCGAUCCGUUUUGUAGGCUACUUCGGUUUUAUAGCGGAGCAUGUGCUUAAUAUGAGCAGCUGAGAAAUAAAUAUAAGAACACUUAUUUCACUCCACGCAUCCAAUACUGUUUGUGGAGUAUGCUCUCUCUGCCCGACAGGUAAUAUUCCGCCCAAAGUCUGUAUACCAUGGGCUCUCAAACCUUGUUCCUGCAGCUACCCAGUGCUUAAUUUGGGAAACCAAGUGAAAUCUGUUAGGGAACAUCAAUAGUAACAUGUUUUUGCAAAACAAAACAUAUUUAUUUCACUAAACUGUUGAGAGCCCGUCUGCGUGCCCAAUAAAGGAAUAAAGGAGAGCGAGGAGUAGAUGGAAACGCAUGGUGGUGAGAUAUUCUGUAUAGCUGAAGGUAAUGUGACACUCAAUUAAUUAUAAUUAAAAAUCCCUAUUACUAGGCUAUUCAAAAUCAAAAACAAAUUCACUUAUUGUAGACUAACUGUAAGCCGCCCUGCACAAUCAAUAAACCAACAGCAUCGCCUAGGGCUGGACAAACAUUCUCUCCCAGACUCAUGGAUAGACAUUUUGCAGCGGAGCAUAAGGUAACUAGUCCAUCCAGUAUGCAUAAUAAUAUGGUCCACACUAAAAGGCGAUUACUCAAAUUUGUUUUAUUUUGGAGUAUAGGCUAAACCCAUUAUGUACCAAAGACAUCUUAAAUCAGUUUAGUUUUAUUAGUUUUCUGCCAUGCGCAAUAUGCGGUAGGAUAUGUAUUGUAUAACGGCACAAUCAUGUUGGGUACUACCAAAGCAUGUCUAGAUUGCAUAAAAGGAGAUUACCGUGACGCAAUGAUCAAAUGGAAUUUUACUGCGGUCAUGACUCAUGACCUCAUGACUCAUGACUUGUUUUCUGCCAUGCGUAAUAUGCGGUAGGAUAUGUAUUGUAUAACGGCACAAUCAUGUUGGGUACUACCAAAGCACUACCAAAGCAUGUCUAGAGUGCAUAAAAGGAGAUUACCGUGACUCAAUGAUCAAAUGGAAUUUUACUGCGGUCAUGACUCAUGCCUACCAGUGCAGCCCACAUUAUUAACUCACCAUAACUCUUACCCCCUGUCUGUCUGUCUGUCUGUUUGUCUGUCUGUCUCUCACUCUUCACAAAUGAACAGACAGCAUUUAAUAUGAGGCAGAUCGUCAGAUCCUAGAUGUGUAGCUUAUUAUGUAGAGGGGAAUGAUGGGUGCAUUAGAAGUCUUCAUAGAUCCACCUGUACCCGAAUACAGAGACCCGAUACGGGACCCGAAUUCGAAAUAAUGUCACGGGUCUGGGUUGGAUCUGAUAUGUUUGUCAGGGGUCUCGGGUAUGUUUAAUUUUAACUGACUUGUCUGAAAGGACCCUUACAUACACUACCAGAUCAAAGGUUUGGACUCACCUACUCAUUCAAGGAUUUUUCUUUAUUUUUACUAUUUUCUACAUUGUAGAAUAAUAGUGAAGACAUCAAAACUAUGAAAUAACACAUAUGGAAUCAUGUAGUAACCAAAAAAGUGUUAAACAAAUCAAAUUAUAUAUUUUAUAUUUGAGAUUCCUCAAAUAGCCACCCUUUGCCUUGAUGACAGCUUUGCACACUCUUGGCAUUCUCUCAAACAGCUUCACCUGGAAUGCUUUGCCAACAGUUUUGAAGGAGUUCCCACCUAUGCUGAGCACUUGUUGGCUGCUUUUCCUUCACUCUGCGGUCUGACUCAUCCCAAACCAUCUCAAUUGGGUUGAGGUCGGGGGAUUGUGGAGGCUAGGUCAUCUGAUGCAGUACUCCAUCACUCUCCUUCUUGGUCAAAUAGCCCUUACACAGCCUGGAGGUGUGUUGGGUCAUUGUCCUGUUGAAAAACAAAUUAUAGUCCCACUAAGCCCAAACCAGAUGGGAUGGCGUAUCGCUGCAGAAUGCUGUGGUAGCGAUGCUGGUUAAGUGUGCAUUGAAUUCUAAAUAAAUCACAGACAGUGUCACCAGCAAAGCACCCCCACACCAUAACACCUCCUCCUUCAUGCUUUACGGUGGGAAAUACACAUGUAGAGAUCAUCCGUUCACCAAAAAUCUCCAAUUUGGAUUCCAGACCAAAGGACACAUUUCCACUGGGCUAAUGUCCAUUGCUCGUGUUUCUUGGCCCAAGCAAGUCUCUUCUUCUUAUUGGUGUCCUUUAGUAGUGGUUUCUUUGCAGCAAUUUGACCAUGAAGGCCUGAUUCACACAGUCUCCUCUGAACAGUUGAUGUUGAGAUGUGUCUGUUACUUGAACAUUGUGAAGCAUUUAUUUGGGCUGCAAUUUCUGAGGCUGGUAACUCUAAUGAACUUAUCCUCUGCAGCAGAGGUAAUGCUGGGUCUUCCAUUCCUGUGGCGGUCCUCAUGAGAGCCAGUUUCAUCAUAGCGCUUGAUGUUUUUUUGCGACUGCCCUUGAAGAAACUUUCAAAGUUCUUGAAAUGUUUCUGAUUGACUGACCUUCGUGUCUUAAAUUAAUGAUGGACUGUCAUUUCUCUUUGCUUAUUUGAGCUGUUCUUGCCAUAAUAUGGACAUUCUUCUGUAUACCCCCCUACCUUGUCACAACACAACUGAUUGGCUCAAACGCAUUAAGAAGGAAAGAAAUUCCACAAAUUAACUUUUAAGAAGCCACACUUGUUGAUUGAAAUGCAUUCCAGGUGACUACCUCAUGAAGCUGGUUGUGAGAAUGCCAAGAGUGUGCAAAGCUGUCAUCAAGGCAAAAGGUGGCUAUUUGAAGAAUCCCAAAUAUAAAAUAUAAUUGGAUAUGUUUAACACGUUUUGGCUACUAUAUGAUUCCAUAUGUGUUUUUUCAUAGUUUUGAUGUCUUCACUAUUAUUCUACAAUGUAAAAAAUUGUAAAAAUAAAGAAAAACCCUUGAAUGAGUAGGUGUGUCCAAACGUUUGACUGGUACUGUGUCCGAAAGGCGACUGCUGCAGUAGAGAGAGAGAGAUAAACUGUAUAAUUUAUGCUGCUGCUCUUUUCAAGAUAGUGGCACGUGUAGCUUGUUGUCAUCAUAAGUCAUCAAAGCGUCAUAGAGUCUCCAUGGCAAAAGUUAUGAGAUAUCUAAUCAAUGGAAGAUGGAAUUAAAAUCACAGAAUUAAAAGUUAAAGGAGCAGGAUAGGCUACAAUGACCAAGAGACAAUAGGUAGGCUGCUACUUAAAAUUCUGAAUGGAGUUGUUAUUAUUUGUAACGGUAGGACGAGAAAGCAGCCUCAAUUAGCCUAGCUAGCGAACAUUAGCUAGCUUAACUAGCUUCUCCCGGUUUGAUGCAGUCAAGACAGGUACUACGUAAUCAUAUUGGAUGAUACAUAUGGCAGGUAUUAGUCUACUAUUGCACGAGUCGGCUUGGUUGGUUGCUGUCUCUCCCUCCCUCCUCCCUGUGUCACUCGCUCACAGUAACAUCCGCCCUCCCCCGCCUGCUAGAGCAGCACCUCUCUCUCCCUCCUCUCCCUCGUGCUUUAUCAGCUCCGGUUAAUAAAGUAGCUUAGAAAAUUCACUUUUCUGCUGCGGACCGGGUCUGGAUCCGACCAGGUCUAUACUGAAUGUGUCUAGUUGUCCUCGGGUCUGUUUGGAACGGGUCUCUAUAUUUAAAAAAAAUAUUUAUGCAUAUCGGGUCCGGGUGGGAAAGCCCCAGGUCCAUUUCGGAAUGUUUCCAACUUUUUGGACCCAUUAAGACCUCUACUUGGUAUUGUUAUAUACUGCCCCCUAGAGUAAAAUCAAAUGGAUGAUUAAUAAGAAAACCAUGUGAAUACCUGUGGAUGCAUGUGGAUAGAUGGAGUUUGUAUGGGAUCAUGUUUUAAUGGGAUCAUCGUUGUUUACAUGUUUGUUAUUGUGACAGGAAAUCUUUGUACUGGAGUGGCGGGAAAGAACAAGAAGAAAAAGAUGAUGUAUCUAACCACAAAGAAUGCAGGUGGGAAUUCCUCUCUGUGAAUUCUGAGUGUUUCUGUAAGUUACAUUGAAAGGUUAACAAAUAAACAAAGCUAUCAAUUUGUCACUGUAUGUCUCUGUCUUUAUCUGUCAUUGUUUUUAUUCACCCUCUCUCUCUCUCUAUUAAUCUAUCUCUCAGAGUUUGACAGGCAUGAGUUGCUGAUCUAUGAGGAGGUUGCCAAGGUGCCUCCGUUCCGCAGGAAGACGUUGGUUCUGAUUGGUGCACUGGGAGUGGGCCGACGCAGCCUGAAGAACAAACUGCUGCUGUCUAACCCACAGCACUACGGCACCACCAUCCCCCGUGAGCGUUGCUAACGCUAACUUUCCAACUAAUUAACAAAAAAAUGCUAACAUGCUAAAGCUAGCCCUUGAUGUAUAGUCCUAACAAUCAGAGAAUAUUCUUUGGACUUUGGAUUGAAUCCAUUGUGUUAGGACACCUUCAUAUAGUAACUAGUGAUUGUUGAAACAGUUUCCAGCAAGUCGCUCUGGAUAAGAGUGUCUGCUAAAUGACUAAAAUGUAGAAAAUCUUCUUGCAUCCUUCAGACACCUCCAGAAAGCCAAAGUCAGGGGAGCGGGAGGGCCAGAUGUAUGCCUUCACCUCGCGGAGCAAGAUGGAGGCAGACAUCAAGAACGGCCGCUACCUGGAGCAUGGCGAGUACGACGGCAAUCUCUACGGCACCAAGAUGGACUCCAUCCACGAGGUGGUGGAGGCCGGUCGCAUCUGCGUACUGGACGCCAAUCCUCAGGUAGGAGCAACUGACUACAUUGUGGCCCCACAAUCUGGAGCCCUAUAUGGGUGAAUUCAGGGUUCUAACUGUUAUAGACAUUGGUACCUCUUACAGACAUUGUAUUCCUUGUACUACUUCCAGGCCUUGAAGGUACUGCGGACGUCUGAGUUCCUGCCUUACGUGGUGUUCAUCGAGGCCCCUGACUUUGAGGUCCUCAAGGCCAUGAACCAGUCGGCUGUCGAGACUGGAGUCGUCACCAAGCAGCUGACGGUAAGCACCAGGGUGAAGCCAAACAGAGGAUAAUGACUGAAUGGAAAAAUCAACGACUGCUAUGUAUUUCAUUCAGGAAUCCCAACAUGCCUCACUUUGUUUAGCCAUUAUACACUGAGUAUACAAAACAUUAAGGACACCUCCUCUUUCCAUGACAUAGACUGACCAGGUGAAAGCUAUGAUCCCUUAUUGAUGUCACUUGUUAAAUCUACAUCAAUCAGUGUAGAUGAAGGGGAGGAGACAGGUUAAAGAAGGAUUUUUAAGCCUUGAGACAAUUGAGACAUUGAUUGUGUAUGUGUGUAUGUGUGAUUGGGCAAGACAAAAUAUUUAAGUGCCUUUGAACGGGGUAUGGUAGUAGGUGCCAGGCGCAAUGGUUUGUGUCAAGAACUGCAAUGCUGCUGGGUUUUUCACGCUGUUUCCCGUGUGUAUCAAGAAUGGUCCACCACCCAAAGGACAUCCAUCCAAUUUGACACAAUUGUGGGAAGCAUUGGAGUCAAUAUUAGGAAGGUGUUCCUAAUGUUUGGUAUACUCAGUGUAAAGACCCUUUUUGUAGCACUUACUACUUCGAGACCUGAUAUGUGUGUCAAAAAUGAGUUAGUAACAUAUAAUAGAUCUUUAGAUAGUUAUUCAUACUGUAUGUCUGUGGAGUUAGAUUUUCGAAAAAGUUAAUCUUAAGUGAUUUUUUACUUUUUUUUUACUAGAAAGUUCUAUCUGCAUAAACCAUUUGAACGUGGAGCUAUCCAAUCACAAGCCUGAACAAAUACAGACGGACCAAUCAUAACACAUCUUUGCCAUCUCACUUAAGUAUGGCCUAGGCUAGUCUAACCAGCAAUAAUGGCAUGCAAGCAAAACAAAAACAACACUGUCAGAAAUCUUAAAGUAAAUGAUGUCACAUCGUUGCUCACUGAUGAUAGUAAUUAGUCUGAUGAUCAUAAUACAUUUCUUAAUGUAUUUGAUGAUGUGUUCUGACUAUCUGGAUAAAAUAGUGUUAUUCUAUCAUUUAUGUAUUCAAAUAGCUACAAUCUUCUUAAAAACUGAACAUGUCUAAUUCAGAAGUAUCAGAUAGAACCUUAUGGCUGAACCCAGAUUUACAUUUCAGAGCCAUAAGGUUCUAUCUGCUAUUGCAGCCGAUAAAAAAACAGAUUUACAAAUGUCUCAGGAUUUUAAUGCUCUCCACUUUAGGUACCUUUAAGGUGAGGACCUUAAUAGGUUAUUAAAGACACAUUUAUUACAAAACAGUUUCUGAGAUCUGUGAUGUGAAAACUUUGAUUCUCAAUAUCUCAGAACUAUGCUUUGCGCAGAUAUAACCUUAUAGUGCCAAGGUCACAACUUGCUGUAAAGCUGAAAGGCUGUCUGAGCCUCCAGGUUCGUAGCGAUUGCGCCUCAUGAACAUAGCUAAUUAGCUUGUCCAGGGCCUGUUCCCCUCCUGUUACUCUGAGUUCUAACAACCACCAUCUUUGUUCUCUGUAGGACUCAGAGCUAAAGAGAACAGUGGACGAGAGCACCCGCAUCCAGACGGCCUACGGACACUACUUUGACCUCACCAUCGUCAACGACAACCUGGACGAGAGCUACAGGAACCUGAAGGCAGCCCUGGAGAAGGUCUCUGCUACCCAGCAGUGGGUCCCAGUCACCUGGGUCUUC